AACAGCCCGCCAAUCCCGCGACGCGGCCAGCCAGCCCCGGUGCUCUAGCGGGCCAAUCAAGCCCCUGUUGCAGAAGCUCGAUGGCACUGCAGCGCAUACUGGGGAUCCACAGGGCUCUAGAGCCAACUAACGGCCGGGCAGCUUCCAGGAUUUAUGCCAACCUUGGAACCUCUCUGGCCUACUUCCACCAGUAUUUUUCAUCGCAUUCGCCCUCUGCGCAGCAUCGCGGCUCUUCCUCCCCCAUUGCAACGCCAGCAGCCUGGCCUCUUUCCCCUCGAGCCGCUUGCUGCUCUCGCAUGGCGCUCUUAUGAUGCUGCCCCGUCGCCCAUCGCCUGCCGCAGCCGUGUAAAACCGCCUCGAGACGCGAUGGAGAAGAAGCGGAAGCUCCCCGCGAGGACUUCGGCCCGCGUUGAAAAUGCCAACAAACGCCGGAACAUGACACCGCGAGCGGAGCGUUCUGCGACUCCUCUGCCUCCUCCUCCUCCUCCCGAGCCUGUCAAGGAGCCGUCUCCAUCGCCUCCGCCGCCUCCGCCGCCGCUACCAACCUCGAUCCAGCCAGGGAAGCCGUUGCCAACGGUCGAGAUAGCGCAACCUGACGACUUGUCGGCCAAGGAAUAUCAAUCCAUCUCCGAAAGCGGCGUCCUCGCAGAAUCUCUCUCCCGGUCUCGAUAUCGAUGGAUCAACGAUGGACUCUUCGAAAAGUUCUGGACGAAGCCUCAUAAGCGAAAGGGCGUCCUCAACGAAGACCCGAAGAAUCCUCCAAAGGACAGUAUGACCAAGGUUGGCCCCGUUACAAUCACCAUAGAGCCUCACAUUGUCGAGGCCACCAUGUUCAUCGUCAAAGAAUCCAAGCAACGUCCUCCCCCGCCUCGGACACCACAGCAGGCACCAAAGCCGUCGCCAGUGUCUCAAACGCAAAGUCCUGCGCAACCACUACCGCAACCGCAAUCACAGCCGCUCACCCGGCCGGUGCUUCAGUAUGGCCCUCCAAAUGGCUCCAUGCCUCCCCCGCCUGCGCCUGGAUCGUCGACCUCGACCUCAGUUCCUACCGCAGCCACUACACCAAAGCCCAUUGCUCCCCCGAGUCCUUCUCAGAGGCCGCCGUCGUCCUCGCCCAGCACUUUGGGACCUCAGCCCUCACCCUCGCCGCUUACGACCAUCAACGUAGCCACGUCACCGUCGCCUAGCCCGGCAGUCUCUACUCAGCCUGCUGCUCAACCCCCUGUGCCUCCACCUUCACUUCCAGCUGCUACUCCCCCACCUCCGAUUCGACAGCCCGCGAAUCCCCUUCCAGCGCAGCACCAGGCUCCUACUGGCACGCCAUUGGCAAGGCCCCCACCGCCGCCACCCCCGACAACGACCACAACCACGACAGCUCACGCUCGGCCGGCCAAUGCUGGGCCAGCUCAGUCUCCAGCUGCAGCGAAACCUGCAACGCCGGUUGCAGGGCGCCCUCCUGCAGCAAAGCCUGUCCCUAACGAUCCCGUUAUCGCCCUACUCGCCCAAAAGGCGUCAGGAGACCCUGAGCUACGUGAUCUUAUGAAGAGGGUCGCAGUGGGCCAGGCCAAACAGGGGGAGCUUGAUCGCUUCCAAAAGAUAAUUGAUCAGUUAAAUGCCGAGUAUCGGCGGAGUGGUGGGCAGCAGGGCCCUUCGGCUGAUAGGCUGCUUGUGGAUGGAAGGACUGUCAAGUAUUUUGCUGAUGAAGUGCGAACUAUUCUCGACAUUGUCUUGGCAUCCAACCCUCGCCAAACAUCAAGCGAACUAAGACCACCGCCCAGGAGUGAUCCUUUGGUCGUUUUGCUUGUGAAGGCUGCCUUGGAGGAUCAAAAAACGAGCGAUAUGAUUCGGCGCAUUGCCGAAGGUCGUGCCGGCUUUACAGAUUCAACAGACCUCAAGGAGAUUCUCGACCGACUCCACAGAGAUGCAAAGCCUCCUCUGCAGACACCCCCUGCAUCUCUCCCCGCAAAGCAGCUGUCCAAUGAUGCUCCCAAUGGACACAUGCGAGCUUCGAAUCCUCCAACCCCCCAGCAGGCAAAUUCCCAGGCACUGAGGUCUAAGGGACCCCCACCAGUUCCGAAACCUGAUAUUUCUGCGGUGGUGUUUGAUUUCGGAAACGGCGAUCGCUAUUUAUUUCCCAAAUUCAGCAUUCUGGAAUACCUGCCUACCCCGUCCGGCCAGGAGGUAGUUGCAUCGUUCCUCAUUGUCCGCAAAGGAAGCACGUCAGAGUAUGGCGGAGAUCCCAAGCUUGACUAUUACCAACCCGUCACAAUACGCAUUUCUACACACGUUGGGCGCUACCUUGAAAACCUGAUGCGCGUCGUGGCCCCUCAGGAUGAGGUACGGCGGUACAUGGACGAUGUCAUGGACAAUAUGACACGCGCCGAGUACGUGCUGCUGGCAAUGCACUUGCCCAGAGUGCCCAGGGACGAAAAGGCAAAUGGCGUGCCUGAUGAGCCCAAGACCAAUGGAUCAACACCCAAGGUCGAGGCAGAGUCUGACCAUACUGUAGAGGUGAAACCGUCUGUUCUUUGGACCAAGACGGCCAAUACUACUAAACAGUUUGAUCUUCUCAAGCCACACGACGCUGAGGAAGAGAAUGAAGCAAAAUAUAAGCGCCUCAUUCAAUCUGUAACGGCCAAGGAUUACUAAAGACUAAGCGUUUGACGUCUCCAAGACUGUAUAGAGUUGUUGGUAACGCUGUGCACGCUAGAACUAUGUUUUGUUAUUUUAUAUGCUUCAAAGACAUGCAUUUCGCGGAGCGGGAGAAAGGGGUCUGGAGUAUUGGAUUGGCACGGAGGAUACGGAUACUUUUCAUAGGAUGUCUCAACACACGGUAGCUGUAAGAUGCUUUCGGCCAGGUUUUCUUGAAGUUUUUGCGCGGUAAUAUGAGUAUGAGCAUGAGUAAACGAGGCGAACUGGCUAAAUCUUAUUAUGAAUAGUUAAUUCUAUCACGAACGAACAUGAAGCACGGAAAUGAACAAGAAGAAUAAAAUGAAAGUAAAAAAGUCCAAAAAAAGAACCACCUCUGAGGAGGUGUGGCG